UUGUGGGGCGGGUGGACGAGAUGAGGGGACUGAGGCCCGGAGAAGGGAAGUGACCAAGUGGCCGAGCCCCGCUGCUUCUCCGCUAACAUGUCCGUUGGCCACCACUUCUCACGACUAGCCAUGAACGGCCCGCCGGACGGGGAGGUGGACUACAAGAAGAAAUAUCGGAACCUGAAGAGGAAACUCAAGUUCCUCAUCUACGAACAUGAGUGUUUCCAGGAGGAAUUGAGGAAGGCGCAGAGGAAGCUCCUGAAGGUGUCUCGGGAUAAGAGUUUCCUCCUGGAUCGGCUCCUGCAGUACGAGAAUGUAGAUGAAGACUCUUCAGACUCCGAUGCCACAGCGUCCUCGGAGAAUAGCGAGACGGAGGGGACGACCAAACUGGCCGAGACGCCGGCCCCCAAGAGGAAGAAAAGCCCCCAGCUGGGGGGUGUCCCGUCACCCUCUGCCCUGUCACUGCCACCCUCUGGGUUUCCCCUGCAGGCUUCUGGAGCCCCCUCCCCCUAUUUGAGCUCGCUGGCCUCCCCCCCAUACCACCCCUUCCCCUCCGACUACUUGGCGCUGCAGUUGCCCGAACCCAGUCCCCUGAGGCCCAAGCGGGAGAAACGGCCCCGCCUGCCCCGGAAGCUCAAGAUGCCCGUGGGUCCGCCCGAGUGUCCCGUGGGAGGCCCGCUGUCCUUCCCGGGGCGAGGGGCCGGCGAGGGGGGCGUAGGGGCGGCCCUGGCCCCGCUGGGGGCCACCAAGCUGCCCCCCCACACCAUCCUCAGCACCGUCCCGCGCCAGAUGUUCAGCGACGCCGGCAGCGGGGAUGACGCCCUGGAUGGAGACGACGACCUGGUGAUCGACAUCCCCGAGUGACCGGCCUUCCGCUCCGAGGACCGCGGGUCGCGUCGUCCUCCGGAAGGCCUCAGCUCAGACCGUGACCCGCUGUCUCAUCCGUCUCUCCUCCACCCCGUCCCCCAAAUCCUCCCUUCCGUCUCCCUCCUAUUUUUCCCCUUCUUGCCUUUCCCCUCCAAAACCUCACCUGCUUCCCCACGCAUCCCCCCCAUGCCCCCUCCACCCCAUUCCCAGGCGGUUGCAAGGAUGAACUGCUAGUGACUCUUUCGGCUUCUCUGAGACUUUUUAUUGAUUUUUCUCGGUUUCCGUGGUUUUGGCAUUGACACAAUCAAAAGGCGUAGAAACAUGCAACACGGACCGACAGAGCCGGGGCCGGGGGGGAGGAGGGGCGGGGAGGAAGCCCCCACACCGGCUCCCCCGCCCCCAUUCUCCCUCACCCCUGAAAGACUAGAAAUACCCUGCUGCUCCUUUGAGUCAGUCCCUUUUUCUUAGAUUUUUUUUCCACUGUAGGAGGCAAAUUUUAUAGAAAGGGUGGGCCCUGCAAAGCAGAAAAGACGACACUGGCGCCUACCCUCUUAAGAGGAGCGUCCUCCCGAUCUCUGGAUUGCAGCCCGAAAAACAUAUUCUACAGAGGAGCAGACCAAGGUACUUCCAAGGGAGACGGGGCACGCCUGUCUCCCAUUCCUGAAGGCAAAGCUCACACGACUAUCCACCCUCUAACGGGGGUGGGUAACCGGUGCUGAUUUUUUUAUUUUUUUAUUUUUUGGCCACAAACCAAAAUUUUUGUCAUUGGGGUGGGUUUUUUUCUCUCCUGUAAACUAUCUCCCCACCCUAUCCUCCCCGAAUCCGGCUUUCUCUCCCCUCCUGAAGGGAUUUUUGCCGGGCAGCCUGGAGAGGUGGGAAAGGGGAGAAAUGACCCCAGAGGGAGAGGGGCAUUAAAAAAAAAUCCCCCCCCCCACUCCUUUA